CGUUUAAAAAACUGCACCGUGUCCCUUUAAAAGCGUCUUACAAAAAGCCCAUAUGAUCCCAGAGCUCCAAUCACCAAUUCCUCCUGCAAAAGCAGCCUCUGCAUUUUUGUCCGUCUGAACGGCUACAGUCCGAGCAGGGAAGCAGACGGAGAAAGCAAAAAUAAAAAUAAAUAAAGCUGCAGAAAUGUGACAAUCCAAGGAUCGUUUUCAUGGCGAAGGGCAAACCGCAGCGAAAGGAGUUAUUUCGGGACUCCUUGGAGCCUCGAAGCGCUGGAUCAAAAUGCUCAUAGUGGAGAAGACCACAGACUUCCCCUCUGCUGAGUUCUCUCUGGUGGAGGAUGUGGCUCUGCACUUCACCUGUUUGAUGGACAGGCUAAAUGAGCAGCGCCUCUUCCAGCCUGACCUCUGUGACGUGGACAUCGUCUUGGUGCGCCAUCACAGCACCUUUCCUGCUCACAAGGGAGUGCUGGCAGCCUACAGUCCCUUCUUCCACUCUCUUUUUGCCCAAAGCAAACAGCUUCGACGUGUGGAUCUGUUGCUGGAUGCUCUGACCUCUCAGGGCCUUCAGCAGAUCCUCAACUUCAUUUACACCUCCAAGCUGCUGGUGAGCAGCAGCACCGUCUGUGACGUGCUCAACGCUGCCACUGUGCUUCAGAUGAGCGACAUCGCUGCAUCCUGUCGAGACCUCCUUAGUACUCAUUCGCUGAGAGCCACCUGUAAAGAGAUGGCCAAUCAGGGGGGGUUUAGCAGCUGUGAGCAAGCAGAGAUGCCUCCCUGCCAGCUCUAUCGGGAGAUCAAACAGGAAUCUGAGCUUGGCAGGGUCUACACUAGAGAAGGCAGCAACCCAUUCUCUAUCAGAGUGGAGGAGGUUGGAAAGAUGGCUGCCCAGACAAAGCAGUACUAUCAGAAAGAAGAAGGAGUAGGGGGGGGCAGCACAGGUGUGACCACUACGUGCAAAGCAGAGGACAAUGUGGAUGGAUCAACUCCAGCGGAUAGUCACGCUUCCUUCAACAGAGAUCAGAUCAUAGUUGAAGUUAACCUCAACAACCAGACUCUGAAUGUCUCAAAGGGAUCAGAUGGAAAAUCUUCCACAAGCACAGAACCUAUGUUUGGUUGUUGUCAUGAAAAUGAGAGAGACUUUGAUGGCCAUGAAGACAAUGGAAUGGAGAAUGGUGAAGGACAUGGAGAGGAAGGUGAUGAAGACCUAAAGAAGAGAGGCAUGCUGGGUUGUACUAGUGAAGAGGAAGAUGAAGAGGAUGAAGAGGAGGAGGAAAACACCCUAAACAUUCCUGGACUUGAGCAGCCCACUGUAAUGGAUCGACCUCGCCGGGCCACCAGAGCCUUGACUGUGGCAGGCGCCACCACCAUGCGACAGACUCUUACAGAGGCCACUGUGGCCAAUCAACGACAGGGCGGGAAGAAGGGACUAGAUGCUGAGGGCCUCGGCCAGAAGGUUAGGCUGGAGGAAAAACAACACUUCCCAUGUAAGAAAUGCCCUCGCAUCUUCAACAACCGCUGGUACCUGGAGAAACACAUGAACGUCACCCACAACCGUAUGCAGAUCUGCAAUAACUGUGGGAAGCGCUUCCUACUGGAGAGUGAGCUGCUGCUGCACCAACAGACUGACUGUGAGAGAAGCAUCCAGUGUGUGACCUGCGGAAAGGCCUUCAAGAAGCUGUGGUCUCUCCACGAGCACAACAAGAUUGUCCACGGCUACGCUGAGAAGAAGUUCUCCUGUGAGAUCUGCGAGAAGAAGUUUUACACCAUGGCUCAUGUCAGGAAGCACAUGGUCGCCCAUACGAAGGACAUGCCAUUUACCUGCGAGACGUGUGGGAAGUCGUUCAAGCGCAGCAUGUCACUAAAGGUUCACUCUCUGCAGCACUCGGGAGAGAAACCCUUCAAGUGUGAGAGCUGCAGCGAGCGCUUCCAGUACAAAUACCAGCUGCGUUCACACAUGAGCAUCCACAUCGGACACAAACAGUUCAUGUGUCAGUGGUGCGGAAAGGACUUCAACAUGAAGCAGUACUUUGAUGAGCAUAUGAAGACACACACUGGUGAGAAGCCAUACAUCUGUGAGAUCUGCGGGAAGAGCUUCACCAGCCGGCCCAACAUGAAGCGCCACCGCCGCACUCACACCGGGGAGAAGCCGUACCCCUGCGAGGUGUGCGGCCAGCGUUUCCGCUUCUCCAACAUGCUCAAGGCUCACAGGGAGAAGUGUUUCCACGUCAGCAACCCCAUGGUGGUCCCCAGCUGUGGAGACCCCCUCGGUUUCGACCAGCCACUAGUUUCUCCAACUACAGACUCCUCCGCUCCGAAGCUGCUGGGAACUCCCGUCUCUGACGCCACGCCCUCUGCUGCCUCCAGCCCCCAGCUCCUCCACAGCAACCAACUGUCUCUUCCUCUGCUGCACCCCAUGGGGGGGUUGCCAACUGCCUCACAUUUACCCCCACCGCCUCCCUUGUUCUCUGCUGGUAGGAUGAACUCCAACAACUAACACAUCUCUGUAGCAUUUGAAGCACUUUGUUUGGUUGCUCUUUUUUUUGUAAGAGAGACUCGCAGCGGGAGAUUGACAUUAACACAGAGGAGAGAACUGAAAAUACGCUAAAGGCUGGACUUGCCACACAGACUCAUACAGCUAGAACAAUAAUGAAAUAGAUAUUUUUUACUCUACUGAAUACAGUAUAUAACCUCAAAGUCCUUUCUGACCUAUCCCAUACAUUUUACAUCACACUUGUGAAUUUAUAGUUUUGCACAAAAUAUAGAUUGUAGCAUCCUUUAGCAAAUAACUACCUAUAAAGGAUAAGAUUGAAAUGUUAUUUUGUUCUCUGCCAGGAUGUAGCCAUCACUUCCAUUCGGACUCUGCAAUAACCAAACACUGAUUUUGACAUGUAACUGUUUGUGACAUCAUCAAUAACCAAAUCCUGUUAGCUCCCUCUCUUGGAUAAGUUAGUAAUGUAAUAUAGCAUUUAUAAUCAAUCCUGCACCUUACAAAUGCCUCUUUUGACAUUUAAAAUGUAUAAAGUCUGUUUUUGUUUUGUAUUUGUUUCCUUUUGUGGCUACCAGAGCUGUGGAUUCAGAUAUCAGAAAGGCUAUAAUGUGUGUUAUGUAGUGAGUGUGUUUUUUUUUGUCUUCUGGUAUGCUAGAAUGAGCUGAGAGGUAGAGAAGUGGAGACUGUUUAAGGCCGUUAUUAGAAUGGCUAAUUCAUAUCUAAGCUUCCAAAAAAGUCAGCAGAUGAAGAUCUUCACUUUUAUGUUUGGAUUCCAUUAAAGAUGCCCACCCUCUUGCUGCACUGCUCUGAAUAAUAAUUAUAUAACCUGCAUUGGAAACCAUUCAUACUUCUUGAACCUUGUUCCUAUUUUUUUAUUUUUAUUUUUUAACCAUAAAGUGUUUUGUUUGGGAUUUUAUGUGAUAGUGCAGCACGGAGUGAUGCGUAAUUGUGGAAAAGAAAUAAAAUAAUGUCUGCAUUUUAUGGUAUCCCCACAAAAGUGGUAUCUACUUAGAAUCAUACUUAUUGAACUCUUACUGAAUCCUCUUUGUUUUUCAGAGCUUGCCUCUGCCAUCCUUGUUCAGUCCAUUGGCAAAAUCUGAUCGAGACUCUCUUUAAGGAGCAGUUUUCCAGUUUCUCAGGUCUGGACUUUGACUGGGCCAUUGUAUCACAUGAAUAUGAUCUUUUGGUAGCUCUGGAUGUCUCAUUUGCUUCCUCUAACAUGUUUUCUUAAAGUAUUGCCCUGUACUCAGCCCCAUCUGUUCAAUCAGGUUUGACCAGGUUCCCUUGACUCCUUUGACAAAUAUUAUCUUGACGGUAUACAGCGCAAUGCGUAGGGUGUAUUUAAGGACAAGUGUAGUAUGUGUUUCUUAACACCUGCUUUUGAACAUGUGAGUUAAAGAGUUUCGUCUCAUUGGACCAGACCAACGCCUUCUUCCACAUGUUUGCUGCAAACACGACUUAUUACUUUCAUCUUGCCACUCUUCCAUGAGGCCAUACUUGAAUAUGAGACUAAUAGUUAUGCUAAUAGUAAUGAAACGACUUGGUAGGUUUGUGGUUGUGCAGCCAGAAAACUUUAUUGUGAACAUUAAGAAAUGACAGGGAAUGCCUUAUUUAAUAUACCUCUCCUUAAUUUUCUUCUGCCAAGCUAUCAGCCCCAACCUCCUCAUAAUAUGUAAUAUGCCAUUUCCCAUGUCCUCCCUGGGCUUUGGAAAACUCUCCCCCUCCAUUCCCUCACCCACAUACCAGUGGACGAAGGCACAUGAGAUCAAAUUUGUGUCGGCAAUAGCAAGUUGUGAACUCAAAGGGGAUGAAUACAAAUACAUGGCAAAGAUUUUUUCAUUGUUUAUAAUUAGCCUUUCACCCCAGAAUUAUGCAGUACCUUUGUUGGUCCACAUGAAUCAGAAAUAUAAUAGAUGUGUUUUGCUGCAAUAAAGUGACCAUAUGCGAUAAAGAUUAGACAGCUGUGUGAUUGUUACGAAUUUAGGUCCAAAGCUCAUUUAUUCAAACCGUGUCCUUAUACUUAUAUAUUGAUUUUGUUAAAUGGUGUUCUUUUUUUUUUAAUACACAUGGAGGAGUUUGCUCACAUAAUAAAAUGCAUUAAAUCCAUACAGGAUCAAAUUUAUAGUGAAAACAAUCAAAGCCUAGAAGCAGAACCAGAUCCAUUAUUUACCAUGAGGUAAAUAAUAGAUACAUCACAAGAUCUGUUCAUAAUCUUGGCAAUUUGCCUGCUUAUAUUUUUUUCAUACUCAACGUUGACGGGCACAUCACAUGCAGGUCAGAUCUUGAAAUCAUUUCCUACUAUUAAUCUAUGUUUGUCGUUGUCUAAACAAAGCAAGCUGUCGAGUGUAUGCUUCCUGAAAGUUCUCUGAAGCAGAGGGAAGCUCGGGGACCAAUAGUCCGACAGUAUGAAACAAGUCUGUUUGUGGUUUCCUUCUGUUAAUCGUGCUAAAAACAUUUCAUCUAUUAGAUUUCUUCAAGGCAUCCUAUGCAGUUGAACCUUUUUUUUCAAAGUGGAAAAAAAAAAUUAAGCUUCAUAAAACCUUUAAAGAUGUUAAAUUUCCCCUCUAGCUUUCAAAGUCAGGUUUUUAGAAACAGCAGAAGUGAUUGCAAGACAUUCUUGAGCAGCUUUUCCAAUUUUUCUUAUGGUCCAUUAUUUUGCACUGUAG